AUGGAAGGUAUUUAUGAACAUAUCGAGUACACUGGAAGAGGAGAUGCUUCCAAACGGCAUGAGAUCAUUACCGGGAACGGUAAACCUCCCCUCGCAUCUGCACCACAUCCAGAACAGCUUGUGCGCUGGAAAAACUCACAACCAUUUGCGGAAAUGGCCAUAAACUAUCUGAUCUUGCUCUCGCGGCAGGGUAAAGUCAGGCUCGCGAAGUGGUUUACCACACUCUCGCCCAAAGACAAGGGCAAGAUAAUUAAGGAUGUCUCUCAGCUCGUGCUGGCCCGGCGGACGAGAAUGUGCAACUUCUUAGAGUACAAAGAUUCAAAGAUCGUGUACCGUCGCUACGCCUCUUUGUUCUUCAUUGCUGGAUGUGCCUCGGAGGAUAACGAGCUCAUCACCUUGGAAAUCGUUCACAGAUACGUCGAGCAGAUGGACAAGUACUACGGCAAUGUGUGCGAGUUGGACAUCAUUUUCAACUUCCAAAAAGCCUACUUCAUCCUGGACGAGCUUCUCAUAGCAGGGGAGAUGCAGGAGAGCAGUAAAAAGAACGUACUGAGGGUGAUUUCGGCACAAGACUCGAUAGAAGAUACCGAGGAAGAAGAAGGUGUUGCAGACAGUCUUAGACACAUGGGCAUCCUUUGA